GUCUGAUGCAUUCAGUGUUCACUGGUCAGAGUAUUAGCUGCAACUAGGACUUCUACCAAAUUCUUUACCAUAAUAAUUUGUUUGUUUUGAAUUUAGUAGCACAAAGAUGACUUUAUCAGAGGAGGAGCUCUCAAGACUUUUCAGAGUUCGUAAGACACUGAUGGAAAUGUUGUCUGAUAGGGGCUACCUUGUUGGAGAUUUUGAGAUAAAUAUGUCAAAAUAUGAGUUCCUUCAGAAGUAUGGUGAGAACAUGAAGAGAGAAGACCUUGUACUUCAGAAAGCCAAACGUAACAACAGUUCUGAUCAAAUAUAUGUGUUCUUUCCGGAGGAGCCAAAGGUUGGUGUUAAGACCGUGAAAACUUAUACAGAGCGCAUGAAAAAAGAAGAUGUCUUCCAAGCAAUCCUGAUUGUACAACAAAAUUUGACUCCCUUCGCUCGUACCUGCAUAAGUGAAAUAUCUACAAAGUUCCACUUGGAGGUUUUCCAGGAGGCAGAGAUGUUGGUAAACAUAAAAAACCAUGUUCUAAUUCCUGAGCACCAAACACUUACUCCUGAAGAAAAGAAGACCUUGUUGGAAAGAUAUACUGUGAAAGAAACUCAGCUUCCUCGGAUUCAGAUCACCGACCCAAUUGCUAGAUAUUACGGGCUAAAACGUGGCCAAGUCGUGAAAAUUAUUAGACCAAGUGAGACUGCAGGGCGUUAUGUUACUUACCGAUAUGUGGUCUGAACUAGUUUUUGAUGUUUUCACCGGUUGAAAGGUAAACAGUGGAUAGAAGAGACAAGUAGUGUAGUUGUUAGU